AUGCCGCCUUCCAACGUAACAAACGAGAAAAAACUUCGCAAGAAGAAACGACGGGAGACUAUGCCCUCCGGGGCAACAGAGCCUACGUCUCCAGGUCUUGCUGGACCCUCCGGAGUGGGGGAAAAGCGAGCCAGAACACUGUCGAUUACGUCGCCGCCUCACAAAAAGAAGAACUCGAACAACCCGCUAGUAGUAGGAGGAAUAACAAUCAAAGACUACCGUUUCAACCUUGACUCACCACCCGCCUCGGCCCCCAUUCCUGAGGAAUCGGAAAUGGAGAGGUCCACCGACAAUGAGAAAUCUGAGGACGACGAGUCCUCUGAGGAAGCCGAGGACGCUGAAGCUGAACAGGCUGAAGCUGAGGUUGAGGAGGAUGACGAAGCCGAACCCGAGGAGCAGGAGGUUGGUCUGAUGCAGGCCACUCCCACCCCUGUCCGCAAGAAGCCUUCCGAACGAGCAAGUAAUAUCUCCAUGCAUGCAGACGACACGACACCGCCUCGACCCACCCGUCGACAGCCCCUGACCGCCGCUGAGAAGGGCAAAAGUCGCCCAAUUGCCGUCUCUCAGCCAGAACCAGUCCGCCAGAAUGUUGCUUCCUACGAUAUCGACGAGAACGACGACGACGAGGACGAAGAAGAUGCCGCGAUGGAUGACGACGACGAUGAAGUCGAAUUCGUGAUGGACGUCGAUCAACAGCCCUCGGGCCGAGAGCGACGAAGGGAGACCAACGUGAACCAGUGGGUGGCUCUCACGACCCUUGUGGAACAGAGGCGAUGGGAAAGCAAGCCUCCUCCGCCCUUCUACGACUCCAACGUCGAUUGGCUCUAUCAGGUCACAGAUAAGGCCAUACGCGAUAACAUCCUCGCCCGUCUCAAAGAGCAAGAAGUACGCAUAAUAGUAGCACUAAGCGGCACGCACGACGACAGCCCGAGAGCCCGAGAGCUCAUCGACUCGGCGAUUAUCUCCGUCCUGGGGACAAGUCGCACCAUCAUCGACAUCGACGGCAAUGUGCCCUGGAAGGGCCUCCUCACCAGCAUCGAAGACGACAACAUCCUCCUCGCGGAACCGCGCCUCUUUCAUCCUGCCGCACAUACGCUUCUUCUGAUCCAGAAGAGACGCGUCAACGUACCUGGAACGCGAGGAUUUAUGGUGGACCACAUAACGAAGGAGCAACGAGACGUGGCUGCGGCGGCGGUCUUAGAGCAGGGUUUCAAGGUGGCGAAAAUAAAGAAAGGUGUACAGACUGCUCAGGUGGUCAUUAAACCUUCUAAAGUAGUCAUCUUUGAUUAUCCGGCCUUCGACCCCGUCUCGGCGACGAGCAGGAAAGGGUUGCUUCUCGCGACCUUUGCGACGAAAGAGGAGAAGGUUGCGAUGGCGGCGAUAAUCCGUGCUCGCUCCUUCACCGCCGCCUCCUUCCCCCUCGGGAUAGACCCGGUUACAAGGAAGUUACAUUCCUUUAACCUGCAAAAGUUGGAGCACUGCACCGUGUGCCAUUCAGAUGGCCAUUCGAAACUUGGUUGCUGGUUUGAACAGGACGCGCAGCGUUCUCUUCUUAACGGUGGCCUCAAAAUUAAGUCGAAAGCACGCGGUCAGUCUGACUCCAACCCAAGGUCUUCCAAUCCCACAACGUCUACGCGAGGACGUUCGUCGGGUAAUAAGGGAAGAGAAGGUGCUUCGUCGUCGUCGGGUCAAAGGGCCAAACAGACAUAA